AUGGCACCCAAUCUUGCUCUUCUUCCUUUGGUCUGUUAUCUAUUUGCUCUGGUCUCUGCCCAAUCUGUCAAUGGCUCGACUCCCACCUUCACUCUACCUUCGGGAUACCGCACCGCAAGUUUCAACGCUUCCGCACAGCCAACUGCAUUCAACCGUACCGAUUUCUCUGAAAAUGCCCUAAAUGAGCUGUGGAAUUUAGUCGGCCCUGUUGCGACAGGGCCCGUUACUACUACAGUGGAAGCAACUCCAGAGCCUACAGCAUACGCACAACCUGAUGCCAACCAUUUCCAUGGCCUCGUUGGGUCGAAUCAUCCGGAGCUCAACGAUGUAAAGCUGCCGAAAGGCUUCAAGUGGGGUGUCAGUAGCAGUUCAUACCAGAUUGAGGGUGCGGCGAAAGAUGAAGGCAAAGGGCCAAGUAUCUGGGAUCUGCUCGCCCACAGGGUGCCAAACCGAGUAUUGGAUAAUUCAACAGGAGACGUGGUCGCCAGUCAUUACUGGCUAUACAAACAGGAUUUGGCGAGACUGAAGGGCCUGGGAAUGCCUGCAUUCAGUCCAAGUUUCUCGUGGCCACGGUUCUUUCCGUUUGGACACGGGCCCGUCAACGAAGAUGCAGUAAAGCAUUAUGACGAUGUCAUUUCCGAAUUCAUCGCCACUGGUAUACGUCCUGCAGUGACGCUCUUCCACUGGGAUACCCCACUUGCUCUCUUCGUCGAAUACGGCGGCUGGACAGAUCGCCGCAUUGUCGACCAUUUCUUCAACUACGCAAAGUUCGUCAUCUCUCGUUAUGAUGCAUAUGUGGACGAGUGGUUCACAAUCAACGAGCCGCAAUACUGCAACUGGCAAUACUCUUACUACCCAGCCGGAGAAUACUAUCCUGCGCCCAAUGGAGUUACUGGCGGCGACAAAGCUCGUUUCCUCUGUGGACAUUACACGCUCCUCGCUCACGCAAAGGUUGCUAAGUGGUACCACGAUGAGUUUAAAGGCCGUGGACGCAUCACUUUCAAAAACUCGGGCAACUACUACGAGGCGAACAGCACCAGCGCUGCAGAUGAAGAAUCGCGCCAGCGUAACUUCGACUUCUCGAUUGGGUGGUUUGGUGGGCCAUGGACGGAUGGCGAUUACCCCAAGACGCUGAAGGAUACGCUGGGAGACCUGCUCCCUGAAUUCACGCAAGAUGAGAAAGACAUGAUCAAAGGCUCCUGCGACUUCUUCGCCAUCGACGCUUACUCCUCCUUCAUGGCCUACGGAAUCGACGGUGGCGUCGAAGCCUGUGCGUCCAACCGCUCCCACCCCGGCUUCCCAGAAUGCGCGGGCUCGACUUCGAUGUCUCCGAUUGGUUUCCCGAUUGGUCCAGCUGCAGAUCCCACAAUGAGCUGGCUGUACUCGGCACCAUCGGGCAUUCGCAAAUAUCUCAAGCAUAUCACUACUAAGCUUUUUCCCUCAAUCCCUGACAUCGCCGUUACAGAAUUUGGAUUCAGCGAGCCUUUUGAAGGACAAUGGACUAGUCUUGCACCGGCGCUUUGGGAUCUGAGGAGAGCGGAUUACUUCCAGCACUACUUGGAUCAAAUCCUGUUGAGCAUACACGAGGACAAGGUCAACGUGACAGGCGCAUGGGGGUGGGCUAUCUUCGACAACUUCGAGUGGGCCCAGGGCAGCCAGGUGAGGUUUGGGCUGCAGUAUGUCAACUACACGAGCCUAGAGAGAACGCCCAAGGCGUCGAUCUGGCAACGGCGGCUUGUACCUCCGGUCGUCUCCCCUGCGUUCGUCCUGGCCGACGAAACCGCCCCAAACGUCCCUUCCCCAAACGCCUCCGACCGCCCAGCCAUCCCGCACUCCCCAGCUCCUCCUUCCCCAGAACUCUCUGCCCACGACCCCUCCACCGACCACGACGCGGUAGCCGCCCCCGCAGCCCCCUCCACACACCCGCUUGCACCCAAGCGCAGACGCAGCUCCCAAGACAGCGACGACCUCUCCGAUCCCACCCAGCGAGGCCGGUCCUCACGCCCCAUCAAGAAACGCAGGCGCAGAGCAGACGGGACCAUGCGCCUUGACAGCGAUGCUUCAAGACGGUCCCACUCUCCUACACAGAGCUACACCAACGGCUCCACGCGCUCGCCAGGGCCCAGGUCGACCCUGGGCAAGAUCGCGAAUGGAGACUCCCACAGGCCCGAGAGCAACGGCUCCUAUACCAACGGCAGCUCGGUAGCCAGCGCGAAGGCCCUGUCGUCGUCCUUCUUCGGCCACGACAGGGAGGAGGUCACGCGGAUACUCAUACAAAGCUUGUCAGAUCUCGGGUACAGCGACGCUGCCGGCGCCUUGGUCAAAGAGAGCGGAUAUACCCUCGAAGGCCCGACGGUAGCGGCGUUCCGCAACGCUGUGCUGAACGGGGACUGGGCCGAGGCCGAAGAGCUUUUGUUUGGUACCAACUCGUAUGAUAAUGGAGGAGGCAUACAUCUCGAUGGCGCGGCAGGCUAUGGUAAGACUUGGGCCAAGUCGAGGUCGAUAGCCCAGUCGCACCGCGCCGAAGGGCUGCCGCUCGCCGAAGGGGCAAACCGGGAUGAGAUGUUGUUUUGGCUGAAGCAGCAAAAGUACCUGGAGCUGCUCGAACGGAGAGACCUGGGCAAGGCACUCAUGGUGCUGCGCCAAGAGUUGACACCGCUGCACCAAGACGUUGGCCGGCUGCAUACCCUGUCCAGCCUCAUGAUGUGCCCAUCUGCGGAUGAUCUAAAAUCACAGGCCCUUUGGGACGGAGCCGACGGUGAAUCACGCACGCUUCUACUCUCCGAACUCUCUAAAUCAAUAUCACCCAGUGUCAUGAUCCCAGAACACCGAUUAGUGGGUCUCCUGGACGAAGUCAAGGACGGCUGGAUAUCCAACUGUCUCUAUCACAAUACCGCCGAUUCUCCAUCACUGUACAUCGACCACAACUGUGAUCGCGACGACUUUCCAAUGAAGCCUGUACUCGAACUCAAAGGCCACCACGACGAAGUGUGGUACCUCAAAUACUCACACGACGGCACUAAGCUGGCAUCAACAAGCAAAGACAAGACCAUUGUUAUUUACGACACUACGACGUACAAGAUCCUACACCAACUGGAUGAACAUGACUCUGGUGUAACACAUUUGGCAUGGAGUCCUGACGAUACGAAGAUCAUAACAUGUUGCUCCGCGCAGGAGAAUUCCGCUCGGAUAUGGGAUGUCAAGACAGGCGCGUGCCUAAGACUGAUUAGCGAUUUUACCUAUCCUUGCACAACUGCUGCCUGGGCGCCGUCUGGAACGCACGUCGUCAUUGGCUCACAAGACACAAAAUAUGGAUGUUGCAUUUGGAACCUCGAUGGACACCUUGUACAUGCUUUCGCCCCCCACCACAACGACAGCGUUAGGGUCAACGAUCUUGCCAUCUCAGCCGACGGCUCAAGGCUGGUGGUUCUCCUUGAGAAUAAGAUCCAAGUCUACGACUUUAGGUCGCGAGAGAAACUGUGCGAGUGGCAUUUCGACGAUGUCAAAUUAACGAGCGUUACGAUAAGCUCGGAUUCCAGACACAUGCUCGUCUCGAUGAACAAGAACAAGAUUAGGCUCAUAGAGAUCGACACAGGGCGGGAAGUGCAAGGUUUCGAAGGCCAAAUCCAGGAGAACUUCAUCAUCAGGAGUAGUUUUGGUGGCGCUGACGAGAAUUUCGUGGUCAGUGGCAGCGAAGACGGCAGGGUGUACAUCUGGAGGAAUAACGUAAACGGGCUGCUGGUCGAGGCGCUGGACGCGCAUGAGGGCUGCGUGAAUGCUGUUGCGUGGCACCCCUCGGAUCCAAGGUGCUUCGCGAGCGCAGGAGAUGAUGGAAGAGUGCGCGUCUGGAGACCGCGGUGA